AUGGCUACCGAAAUGGCAGAGGUAAGGGAUCCGCCACAAGAUGGUGCAUCUCCGCCACACGCCUGUGAGCCUGAGAAGGCAUCCUCACAGGAGACGCCUGCAGAGGUCAGCCCCAGCAAGGAAAAGGAAGAGAUUGAGCCAGUCGGCAAAGACUCUGACUUAAAGUUGGCCGUUGCGGAAGCGGAAGCACAACAAGAGGCUGCUGAAAGACAGCUGGCUCUCGUUCCGCAGCAGAAGGCUUCACAAAGACAUGGCGCAAGGAACAGCCUGGUGCCCCUCUAUGUCGAGCAGCGAGGCCAUGGAAAAGAUGGCGAGCUUCUCCGUGACUUCAUCCUGCGCAGGGUGCACAUGAAGGAGGAUUUUCGCGACGUGGCGCUGAAGCGCUGGCUCAUUCGCGAAGACUUCUUCGACGAGUUCUUUGCAGACUACAUGAAGCAGUAUGGGGUGCCAGGCAGCGCCAGUGAGGCCGAGUCUGAGCGCAUGGAGCAGCUUGCCGGUGGCCUAAGUGCUCAGACACAGCCGAAGUACAGAAUUGUGCAUAGUACGGCUAAGGCCGAAGAGUGCAAGGACAUCUUGGUACCAACGAAGCUGCCAAAGAAGCAGGCUAAACAUGAACAGACCCUGUUCAUGGAAUGUGUAUGGAUACGGGCCCGGACAGGUAUCUGA